UCUGUCUGUCUGUUUCUCUCGGUCGGUCGGUCCCCCGGUCCCCCUGCUGGUCUCUCCUCGCUGUACCACCUGCUCUAAAGAUGGCCGCACGUUGGCUGGACGCCGCUGCUCAGCACGUCGAGCUGCUCUCGAGCCGCCUCUCGGAGCUCUGGUCGGCCGGACUGGGCCUGCUCUCGGCCGAGCUCGGGCUGGACCCGCCUCGCAAGGCCCCGCUCGGCCCGGCCUGGGCCGUCCUGCUCGCGUCGCUCGUCGGGCUGCUGCUGGCGGCGGCGGCCUGCGGCGCGCUGCUCGGCGGACGGAGGCGGCCGCUCGGUCUGCGUGGAGCGGCGAAGGAGGGCAGGGAAGCGCCGCUGCCGCCGCCGCCGCCGCCGGAGAGGGAGGACGCCGGAGGAGCCGAGGAGCAGCGGAGGAGGAGCCGGAGGAGAACGGCGGCCAAGAGAGCUCAGAUGAACGGGAGCACAGUUCUGGAAGCACACGAGCAUCCAGCAAUUUCUGAAGAAUCGGUGAAACGGACACCUCAAGUUAAAACAGAGAAGGGAAAGAAAAACAAGAAAAAACCCAAAUGUGAGAUGACCACAGGACAAUGUGUGUCAUCAUGCGAAGGCAAGGAACCAGAGGAGGGCACUUGGGAGACCAAGGUGAGCAACCGGGAGAAGCGGCAGCAGCGCAGGAAGGACAAGGAGCCCAGCGCUGAGUCAGGGUCCCCGGUGGGGGGCGAGACCCAGGCGGAGCUGUUGGCCGCCGCCACCCCCCCCGCAGGCCUGAAGAAAAAUCGAGGGGAGGACUUCUGUGACAAGGCUGGGCAGGGAGAUGUUGCCAUCUCACAGUGUAAGGGCAACUGGUCUCAGCAGAAGAGUCUCGAGGGGAAAAAGUGGACAUGGGGAGGUGCGUGGGGAACGAGGUGGGCAAACGGGAGUGCUCUGUGUCUCUCAGCGUCGGCCCCCUGGAACGAGGUCCGGUCGCAGAACGGAGGGGCUUUCGCCGACACGGCCCUGAAGGCUCCGUCCCUCGUGGGUUCGUCGCAUGGCGAGAGGUGGUCCCCCGUCGUGAAAACCACUUCGCGCAGGAACCCUGAGCCCCCGACAUGGGGGCUGCCCACAGAAGGGGCAGGAUGUGUGGCACCGCCAUCCCUCCUCAAACAGUGGGACAGAGAGGAUUAUGAGUGGAACGACCUAUAUGAGACGGCUACUGUGGACCCUGGAUCCGACUGGAGCACUCCGCUGGAGCUGUGGGGCAACUACGAGCAGCCCCAGGCCGAGAACCCCCCGCCACCCAGGGAUCCCGUCGCCAUGGCGACCAAGGUAUCUGGCGAGGACAAGGAAAAGGGGGACUCGACUAACGCAGCAAACGGGAAAUCAAAAAAGAAGAAAAAGAGGAGGAAGACGGAAGAUGCCGGAGCUGCUCGACAGGAACCAGAGGAGCCCAUCAAGGUGGAGUUGGCCAAGGCGGUUCAGUCGAGGAGGCCGCUUCCAGAGAAGGUCCAUCCUCCAAGUCCCGCUGCUGCUGAGGCGAUGGCAGAACCACCUGCGGUGAGGCCAAAGAAGCUGUCGCAGAAGGUCGCUACCCCCUCGCAAGCCGCACAGGGGCUUCCAGAUCCACAGAGCGCCGUGGUCUCCUUAGCGCCAAAGCAGUCCGGAGAGGAGUUUGACCCUCCGAAGCAAGUCCAGAAGAAGAAAAAGGCGAGAAGAGAAACAUAAGACCCAAGGGGCCAAAUAUAUUAUAUACGUAUUUAUAUGCAAGUUAUUUCAGAAAAUUCAGCGUAAUGCAAUACCUGUGCUUUUUCUAGUCAUCUCUCGGGCCAAACCGACGGCAGAGGCCAAAGGAAGUUGUUUCUGAACUAUAUUACUGUACUGUGUGUACGCUGUACGGCGCCCUGUAUGGGGGGCCUGAAACAUACAGUCAGGUACAGGAUCACGAAGGGAUUCUUUUCCAGUACAUAAUUUAGAUAAUUUCCAAUACUUUUCUCUUUUUUUUCUUUUUUUUUUUGAAACGUAUUCGUUACGCCUGCGUUUAACCUCAGAAUUUGCUAAUAUUUUUAUACUCGCAGUUAAACUUACGUGAAGGAAAAAGGCGUGUGAGAUUUUUUUAAACCUUCUUUUUAUGCAGCGUCUCGGUAAAACCGGACUCGAUGGUAGCGAACGUAUCGGUAGCGGCUGAAGAUGCACGCGGCAUGACGCUCCGAGCGUGCUUCUGCUGGAGCUCUCUGAAGAAAAGGAGGAUGUCUAAGCUGUAAAUCUGUAAAUGACGUUUUUCCAGUAUGAUUUUCACUAUAUUUUACCGUACUGCUUUGCGCCCUGACCUCGGAGAUGCCGCUCUCGCCACGCUUUCCGGGCCCUUCCUCUCUAAACUGAUUGUACGGCCGCGGAAUCCUCCGGAAGGGAAGAAGCCAUAGUCUUAAGGCCUUUCCUGGGUUUUCGUCGGAGGGCGUUGCAUGUUUUUAAGGCAUCUCGUUCUGAUCCCCCUCGAGUGGAAUGUAAACUGUUCGCUGUUGUUUAAUGUGGGAUUUCACUGCAAGAGCGGUUCAUACAGGGGUUGCCCCGCAUUGCCUGAAUAAGACCUGCAGUCCCCGAUGUCAUAAAAACAGUAUCAGGAAUGAAAUUAUAUACUGCCUUAACCUUCGGUGUAGGUGUGUGCAUGGUCGCCGGGCCGCCUUCCCGCUGCGGGAUACGAAGGGGAGGGUGCGACUUGUAAUAUUAAGUAUUUUCCGCUCUUUUCUGUUGAGUCCUCCGGAAAGCGAACGGACGGGGGGACGUGUACUCGUUAUUUUAAGGUCCACAAUUAAGGUCAUUCGCUCCUGAGUGCUUUUCAUUAAGUGUUUAUCGUGGGAAACGGACCACGGACACGUUGUGGGUCCCGGUGGUUGACCGUGCAGUACCGCUUCGCUUGUGGGGUUUUCUCAGUGACUUAUGGUUUUGUACUGUACUGUACUGUACUAUACUUUCUUUUCAUGUCCUGUGGACUUGGACAUCCCUCCUGUUCAAGACCCCAGGAUGUGCCCUGGGGGUAACUUUCAGCUUGCCAAUCUUGUUUUAUUUUUUUAUUUUUUUUUUACAUUUUGAAAAUUCAUUAAAUUAUAAUUUAAAAUGCUUUGACUUUCUUUGAAAUAGAAUUGCGUUUACAUGUCAUUUGUAA